AAAGCUUAAUGACGGAGGGAGCAUUCAGGAUAAGCCACAAAACUUUGAAGCAACAACAAGUUGUUCAAAUCCUGCACAGUCCGCUGUCAGAGGUUCUGCUGUAUGACUCUAGAAAGAUGCUCUUGGACAGCAAGUUCUUGAAAAAGGGUGAAGUGGUCAGAUCUGGUGAAACUAUGCUUUUUGAUGGUCAUCUUGUUGAAGUUGGAGAUCCUGAAGGUAGUUCUCUUGGUAGGACUGCAGGAGCACUUAAGCGUGCAGACAUUGCACAUGGGGCAGGGUUGGUGAAAGCAUCUCGGGGUACAGAAACUGCUUAAUUACAAGUUUUGGGUUGUCUUUUAUUAGCCGCAUCCUUAGGAGUGGACCUCACCAAAACUCAAUUUUGUCUUCCUCAAGUGCACAGUUGAAUCCUGCUGUAUGUCAUUCAUU